UGACGGGACUGGCUCUCACUGCGAGUCGAGAGCUCCAACCGACCACAGGUGUUUGUGUUGUGUGCGUUGUUCUCGAGUGAAUUUCAGUUGUGCUUUUCUGUUGUCGACUCGCAGUGUCUUAUCAACCAGUGUCUGUUGUGGUACAACUCGACUGGCAAAAGAAACUCUUCGUUAGUUUUCUCGGAUCAUCUGACAUUUUCUUAGGACUGGUAUCGAGUGCAACAGGACGACCAUGACGCUAAUCGGAUUAUUGGGCAGCUUUGCCGGAUUCGUGCGUGUGCGAUACCUGCACGACAAGGCCGACAUCGAUAACGCCAUCUUCCGUCUUCACUACCGUUUCACCAGCGCCUUCUUCUUCGCCGCCUGCGUCAUCAUCACGGCCUUUGACCUGAUCGGCAGUCCGAUCGACUGCAUCACGGACGACGCCAUUUCUCGGCCCGAGGUCAUCAACACUUACUGCUGGAUUCAGCACACGUUCACCCUGCCCGGCUCGUCGAAACUGGCCGGCGGUAAAGUGGUGGAAUAUCCGCAGGCCUUUCAGGGUGUCGGACCGGCCUACGAGGGCCAGGGCGAGCGCCGCAUCCACAGCUACUACCAAUGGGUGCCGUUCGUCCUGUUCUUGCAGGGCAUCUUGUUCUAUCUGCCGCACUGGAUCUGGAAGCAGUGCGAAGACGGCCAAGUGCGAAACAUGACGGACGGAAGUCGCGGCCUGUUGCUGGGCUGGGUGGCCGAAGACCGCAAGAUGCGCUCUUCGGCCCUGUCUGACUAUCUGCAAGAGACGCUGCACACGCGCGGCCGUUUGGCUCUCGUCUACAUCGCCUGCGAGGUGCUCAACUUCGUCAACGUCGUCGGCAACAUCUUCUUCAUCGACAAGUUCCUCAACGGCGCAUUCCUCGACUACGGCACUCGCGUCAUCCAAUACUCGAACAUGGACCAAGAGGAUCGCGACGACGUGCUCAUCGAAGUCUUUCCGCGCAUGACCAAGUGCACGUUCCAUCGUUACGGGCCGUCCGGCUCCAUCCAGACUCACGACGCCCUUUGCGUCCUGGCCUGGAACAUUUUCAACGAGAAAAUCUACAUUUUCCUGUGGUUCUGGCUCAUUCUGCUCUCCGUUCUGUCCGCCCUCGCGCUCGCCUAUCGCUUGGUCAUCGUCGUUUCGCCCAUUGCCCGCCUCUUUGUUAUGCGGCGCGUCUCUUCGCCGUCGAUCGAUUCGGCCGAAACGGUCAUCCGACGUGUCCCGUUCGGCGACUAUUUCCUCAUCCACAUGCUCGGCAAAAAUUUGGAAGGUUUCCUCUUCAACGGUCUCAUCGACGAUUUGGCUCAUCGCUUCACGGCCGGUAACGAUGCCGGCAAAAUUAAUUCGUCCGCCGGCCUGGAAACAGCGCCCAUUCUAAACGCCCGAUACGGAAGCCCUGGCGAACGAUGAUUUUAUCGUUUUAAGAGACGAACCCACAUUAUUAUUUUUUUUUUCUUGUGUGUUUGUAUGUGAAUGUGUGGGAAGGGGGGGAGCUCUCAUCUUUGUUGUUCAAUUUCGUGAAAGAUUUUUUUUUUGGGGGUUUUAUUUACAUGAGCCAGCAAGAUUCACUGUGAUGUGCGCGCCACCGAGUUGUGUCCAAAAAUGUGUGUAGUUUUUUUGUUUUCUAUUUUUAAUCCUUUCUAUUUUGUAUUUUUUGUUUUUACACUUAACUUUGGUACUUUUUUUGUUGUUUUACUUUAAUUCGAUGUAUUCCUUUUCCUGCAAGUGUACUUGAACAGCCAGUGCCACCAAGAGACACCUCAUAAAUUUCUUUAUUUCUUGCAAAAUUGCUACCCAACGGGAACGAGUAUUGGUUGUUUGUUU